AUGGCUUAUAGGGCUUUUGUACAAGUGGUCGUAACAGGUGCUUCUGUCUUUGGUAAAGCAUUUGCAGAAGCUUACCGCCAAGCGGCAUCUCAAUCUGUUAAACAGGGUCCUAAGGCAGCUCGUUCCGCAAGUGCAGAAUAUGGUGGUAUAACGCUUGAUGAAUCGUCCAAAAUUUUAAAUCUAGAAGAUGAAAAGGAAUUAGAUACCAGCAAAAUUAAUGGUAAAUUCCAAUACCUUUUCGAUAUUAACGAUAAGGAAAAAGGUGGUAGUUUUUACCUGCAGAGCAAGAUCUACAGAGCUGCUGAAAGGCUGAAAUACGAGAUAGCCCAACGAGAAGCUGCCAAAAAUGGUGGAUCAUCACCCAAGGGCAGUGAUGGUAGUAAUCCUCAAUAG